UCAUACAUUCCUAGACAUUCCGCUGAGUACGUUACGUUUACUUGAUGAAUCAUCGUUGACUGGAGUUGACUAUCAGGUUGAAACAAAGUUUGAUUUCUACACCGGUCCUGUAUAUGCCAUUGUUGGUUUUCGAAAAUUUGGUGGAGAAAAUCCAGUUACGGAAGUUCUCUCCGAGGAGAAUGAUUGA